UAAGAAUAAUAGUUGUAUAAAAAAAAUAUAUAAAAGAGAAAGAAUAUGAAGAAAACAUAUGUUAAAGAAGGAGAUCAAAAUGAAAAGAUAGAAAAAACAGCGAAAAUUGGAGAAAAAAUAGUAGAAUUAGAUAAAUCAGUAUCAAUAUCAGAAACAGCAGAGAAAUGGCUAAAAGAGACAGAAAAAUUGCCAUUUUUUAUGCAGAAUUAUGAUAAAACAAAAGAAAAUACAGCAAUUGAUGCAAUUAUAGCACUUCAAUAUGAAGGAGAGCCAUUAGAAAUAGCAGAAAACUUUAAAUAUCAUGGAAAUGAAUGUUAUAAAGCUAAAAAAUAUCAAGAUGCAAUAGAAUAUUACACAAAAGCAUUAAAAACUAAAGCAGGGAAUGGAAUUGAAGUAGCAUGUUUGUUAAAUAAUGCAGCAUGUCAUAUGGAACUUAAAAACUAUCGUCAAGUAUUAAACAAUUGCUAUGAAGUUCUAAAAAAGGAACCAAAUCAUACAAAAGCAUUAUAUCGUUCAGCAAAAGCAUGUUUUUUUUUGGAUAGACUUGAUGAAUCUUUAAAACAUAUCAAUCAAUGUUUAAAAACAGAUUAUAAUAAUGAUACAUUCAAAUCACUUAAACAAGAGGUUAUUGAGCGCAAAAAAUAUUUAGAAAGGAAAUUUAAGGAAGCGUAUGAAAGGAAAAAUAUGUCUUUUAUAAAAAAAAAGACACUUGAAAAAGCACUUAAAGAACGAGGAAUAAUAAUAAAAUCAUCACCAAUUGAACAAGAUAUGGGUGAUGUUGAAGUAUGUUUAUCAUCACCUUUGGAUAUUACAUCAAUUUUAUUAUUUCCAGUGAUUUUCUUAUAUCCUCUUGUUUUACAAUCAGAUUUUAUUAAACAAGUAGAAGAAACUAGCACGAUCCAAGAACAAUUAGAUUUAGUAUUGGCAUCAAAACCUCAAUGGGACAAAAAUAAUGAAUAUUCAGCUUCAAAUGUUGAAGUAUGUAUAGAAACAAAAAUAGGUGAUAUGAUUAAAGUUGAAAAAAAUGCACAACUUCUUGAUAUUUUAGCAAACAAAGUAGAAGUGCUAGAUGGAAUUGUCAGACUUUUAAUUCUACCAAAGAAUGAAAUUGAUUCAUGGAUAGAUGAAUGGAAAAUAAAACAAAAAUCAUAAUUAUCAAAUAAGCAUAAUUUUAAAUUUAAUAAAAAAAGCAUACCUA